GCCACACAGCCUGUAGUGGUUCCAGAGAGCAGCUCACUACCACCUAUGCAAGAGCAUCUGGGGAUGGACAAUAAGCAGCCUUAGCAACUACAUGUUUCUCGUCAAUCAAUUUUUUAAAAGUACAUAGCUGUUCUUGUAAAGAGUUGCAAGACCCUGAGGAAACUAACUAAUGUGUUAAUAUCAAGUUCCACAGAGGUCGGUGUGUUUGCAGGAUGGUUGAAGUUGCUAUUGUUGGGAAAGGCGGAGACAAGAUCCGGAGCAGCCCUGACCCCAUUAGGAGGUGUUUCGAUGGAGCUGUGCUCGGGGCUGACAGCAAGUGAUUCCCUCUAACAAGUGUUGCGUCCAGCGCACACAGCAUCCAGUUACAACACUGGCGCAAGUCGAUAGUUCUCUAGUGUUCUUUCCAGGGGCUAUUUUUGGUUCGCUGCUGUCGUUCGUUUCAAAGUGUUCAGCCUUCUCUCCUCCUCUGCUCAUUGUUUUGUGUGUGUGUUUUGUCGGCAACUCCCAGCCAGACUUCGAGCUGAGGAUACAGCAGCGACUGAAGCUCAGCGAGCUCGGGGGCAGUAUGGAAAACACUCCUAUUCCCGUCGUUACAGUCCAAACCGUCCCUUACGACGACCAGAGACCUGGCACCAGCGGCUUGAGGAAGAAAACCUCCGUGUUCGAAAGCAAGAGGAACUACCUGCAGAACUUUACUCAGAGUGUGCUGUCUUCGAUAGACCUUAGAGAUCGUCAAGGCUGCACAAUGGUGGUAGGAAGUGAUGGGAGAUACUUCAGCAGGACCGCUAUAGAGACCAUUGUCCAGAUGGCAGCUGCCAAUGGGAUUGGGCGAUUGGUGAUUGGCCAAAAUGGGAUCCUGUCCACACCAGCUGUGUCCUGCAUCAUCAGAAAGAUAAAGGCCAUCGGAGGAAUCAUGCUUACAGCUAGCCAUAACCCUGGAGGACCUGGUGGUGAUUUUGGAGUGAAGUUUAAUGUAGCAAAUGGAGGUCCAGCUUCUGAGUCAGUGACAGAGAAGAUCUACCAGAUUAGUAAGACCAUAGAAGAGUUUACUGUCUGUCCUGAUCUGCGAAUAAACCUUUCCCGACUGGGCAGGCAAGAAUUUGAUCUGGAGAACAAGUUCAAACCCUUCAGAGUUGAAAUUGUGGACACAGUAGAGGUGUACCUCAACAUGCUGAGAACCAUCUUUGACUUCACUGCCAUAAAGGGAUUACUAACUGGACCGAACCAACUGAAAAUAAGGAUUGAUGCUAUGCAUGGAGUUAUGGGCCCCUAUGUGAGGCGGAUACUCUGUGAUGAGCUUGGAGCUCCUGCAAACUCUGCUGUUAAUUGUGUCCCACUGGAGGAUUUUGGUGGACAGCAUCCAGACCCAAAUCUCACAUAUGCCACAUCUCUACUCGAAGCCAUGAAAGGAGGAGAAUAUGGGUUUGGUGCAGCUUUUGAUGGAGAUGGGGACCGUAACAUGAUUCUUGGCAGGAAUGGGUUCUUCGUCAAUCCUUCAGACUCCGUUGCUGUGAUUGCAGCACAUAUCAGCUGCAUUCCUUACUUCCAGAAGACAGGGAUUCGAGGAUUCGCAAGGAGCAUGCCCACCAGUACAGCGCUGGACAGGGUAGGAAAAGUCAUGAAGAUUCCUGUAUAUGAAACACCGACAGGCUGGAAAUUCUUUGGGAAUUUGAUGGAUGCUGGAAAGUGUUCCCUGUGUGGAGAGGAGAGCUUUAGUACAGGGUCUGAUCACAUUCGAGAGAAGGAUGGUCUCUGGGCUGUCCUUGCAUGGCUGUCUAUUAUCGCAGCUCGAAAACGGAGUGUGGAGGAGAUUGUUAAGGAGCACUGGGCCCGCUUUGGUCGGAAUUACUACUGCAGGUUCGAUUAUGAAGAUAUUGACCCACGAGUUGCCUACUAUUUAAUGAGGGAUCUUGAAGCAGUUGUCACAGAACGAUCAUUCAUAAACCAACAAUUUGCCGUUGGCAAUCAUAACUACACAGUGGAGAAAACUGAAAACUUUGAGUACACAGAUCCUGUGGAUGGCACCGUGACCAGGAACCAAGGCCUGAGAUUGAUAUUCACGGAUGAUUCUAGACUGAUAUUUAGACUGAGCGGGACCGGGAGUAUGGGAUCUACAAUUAGGAUCUACGCUGAGAGUUAUGAGCGGGACCCCAGCAGGAUUGACAGGGAUCCACAGGUUGUACUGGGUCCGCUGAUCGCCAUCGCACUCAAGCUGUCUCAGAUCCAUGAUCGAACAGGCAGGAGAGGACCCACAGUCAUCACCUGAGAGCGAUAUGCCAACAACUCCCUAGGGGCCAAGAAAGAUUCUAGUUAAUGUUUUGUUGUUUAUAAUGGCUGCUCACAGCUUCAAACCCAAUUGCUAACAGAAAAAAUGGAAGAGAGAAGUAACGUUAUGCUGAGCAAUGUUGAGUUCUGCUUUCUUUUUUUGCUUUUACAUUAACAAUAUUAACGUACCUGAUGUUAACAACAAUAAUGUAUUUUAUAAAGUGCCACUGUGUUAUCCUUGCAUGACAUGUGUUGUUUGAGUUAGCAUUCACUAUAUGGGACAGGCUGUGCAUUACUCUUAAUGUUUUAUUUAGAUUCAAUGUUAAAAAUUGCCCACUGGCUUUGUACAAUUAUAUUAUUGUAAACCAUCAAUUUAAAAAAAACUGUCAACUUCCUCUCCCCAUCCCACAAAUAUUAAAAUAUGUUGCUAAUGAA